CAUAUCAAAUUAAAGUUACAAAAAUAAGUUCAUACAAGUCUAAAGUGCAGCUUGAAAAUUUAAAAAAUCAUUGCAUGUCGAAUAACAUAUUUCUGGGUGACCAUUUCUUCUGUGCCUUACUCGAUCACCAUACGUCGGUGGGAAUUCCCAAUAUCGUUGACUUGCAGUACACACUUAAAUUUAUCGUCUUUAAUCGAAGGAAGUGUGACGUCAUUCUCUUAUGAAUUGACAAAACUUUCUCAGAGGCAAUCUAAAAUCUUUGAGUUAUUUUCGAAAUAAAACGUUUGUUCCUGUUUUUGCACUGACAAGACUAGAUCGACGUCCUAAGCUCCAGCAAACUGUUGAAGUCAUGACUUCUACUCAGACUAACGACUUGGCUGAUAAGUCAGCCUCUUCGGUUUUAAUUGUGGAGAUUUUGCCUCAUGUCAACGAGGAAAUGGUGUACAAGAAGUUCUCUCCUAUGGGGACAGUAACAUCCGUUCAAUUGUUUUGGAAGGGUGUCACAGGAAAUUCUUUACGCUAUGCGUAUGUUGACUUUGAUGAUGCUGCCCAAGCUGAAAAAGCAUACCGGUCACUGAACUACGAGCUACUGGAAGGGAUGCCUAUGGUCAUCUUGCGGCAACACACAAAAGAGGACAAGUUACAGAACACGGAGGCUUCAGGGAUCACAGAUAAACAACCUGACCAGAGCGAUGAUAGCCACAAAAAAUUGGGUCAAAGUUUUCAAACGGUCAGCAGAGACAAUGAAGCCCAAGCAGACAAGAAAACUCCAGGGAACACCAAUCAGAAAAUGAGGGCAGCAGCCAAUCAGGGAUGGGAUAUCCUCAGGGAGAUUCCUUCUUUAAACCCCCUGUGUUCACUCUGUAACAACAGGAUUUAUUUGCACAACCAAUCUCCACGUUGGCUAAGUUGUUACCUUUGCACUAGAGUCGCACAUCAAAAUUGUAUUGAAGUAAAUCAUUUAAGAGCAGGUAAAUUCAAUGGAACAAACGAUUCUUAUCUAUGCUUGCAUUGUGAGGAAAUUUAAAUCUCAUAUUUGUUUUUUUAAUUUUUAGAAAAUGAGUAAAAAUGUUUUAUAGCUUGUGCAUUUUUAUUGCCUGCUGUCAUGAUGAGGCAAUUUUUUGUUUGAAAUAAAUCAUUUUAAAAUGAAAGAACAAUGUUUAAUACUUAUGCCCCUUUAAAUAAUGAGUAUUUAACGUGAUACAAUUAAAACACUGACAAUAAUUUAUGAGAAUCGCAACCUGUAAGAGUAAAGAGUUUGAGUAAAUGAAUAUCGUCUGCACUAAAUACACAAGCCACUUGCUCUACGGCAAAAUUCAGUAUUAUUUAUUACCACAUAGACAUUGUUGAUAAAUCUGAAUUCUGCAUUUGGAUAAUAAACACAUUUGAAAAAAAAAUGUACCAUUUUAUCUCAGAUAUUAAAAAAAAAUGAAUUUCAAUUUACAUAUUAAGUAAUCGCUUUAACACAUUGUCUAAA